AUGUCGGCUGGAAUAACCUCGCUCGCGUGGCAUCCGCUUAGGCAUCAAGAACAUCUCUUGGCAUUAGGCUCGGAGUCUGGUAUCGUGGAUGUUUUAGAUACUUCCAAACCGAUCCGGCAUGGCUCCGGGUCUAGGUUAUACGGGCAAUCCAUGGGCUCUAUCGUGUAUCGGGUUGCUUGGGGGCCACCCUUGCUUCCUCGUGCCCGCAGAGAAAAUAUUUCUGGCUCUGACGCUGUCCAAGUGGCUGGUGACGCUGACCUGACCUUCAUAGCAGAUGAGAAGAAAGAUAAAGCAAGUAAAAACUUAUUUGUAUACAGUAUUUGCAAGGGGAAGCUAUGGUUUCAUUUUGGUCAUGGGAGACAGCCUUGUGAAGUUGGUUCUAAGCUUCCUGUACCAAACGAAUCCUAUCUUGACUCUAGCACUUUGCUUUCAGAUGUAGCAUUUCGUUUCGCCUCUCCUUCCUCCGAUCCUAUUUCGUCAAGCUUUUCCUGCAUUUUUUCCGUCGGACUUCUCUCGGGGGACGUGGACAUCUUUGCGCUUUCUCGCAAUGAAUCCGAUCAAGAUUAUUUCCAUUGCCACUAUGUCUGCCGUGUGAAAAUUCAUAAUAAGUGCAUAAAUAGCCUAGUCUGGUCCCCAGAUCCCUCUUAUUGGUUAGCAAUAGGAUCAAAUGAGAUUUUUAUCACAAUUACAGACCUGAAAUCAGUUUUGCUUCUUGCUUCUGGAAGCCAUGAAAAGCUGGGGCACCGUAUUACGCCCGAGCUGACAAGCCACCUGCUCCGUAUUGAAGGUCAUUCUAACAGAAUCACGUCACUCGACUGGUCACCGUUUUCUCCCGGACUGCUCCUAUCUGUGUCCUAUGAUGGAACUGCCAAUGUGUGGCAGAUUUCCCCUCGUUCUGAUUCCGCAUCUGCUCCCUCUGGCCAAGAAGCGCCCGUCCUUUAUAACAUGACUCCUCUUGCCAACUUUCGAGGACACCGAUUGCGUCUUUAUGCUGGCCUUUGGAGCCGCCAGGAACCGGACCUGGUGAUUACGGGCGGAGAGUGCUCCUCUAUCUUUUCCUGGAGGCCCUCGUUGCAGGCUGCUUUUCAGCAGCCUCCAUCUUCGCGUCGGUUCCGGCCGCCCUUGGCGCCCAAAGUGGUCGAAGUCGACAGCUCGAACGUCACAUCUCUAUCUUCUCACGACUCUGAUUCUGUGGUUAUAAAGAGUGGAAUCAGCUUACUAACACCUGAUUCUGGAAAAACAGGUGAAACCUAUGAAACGAACGGGUCAUAUUCUGUUUCGGGUCCCGGUGAGCUGACAAAAAAGCACGAAUCAGCCGGCUUCACGAUAGCCCAAAUAUGUAAUGAAGACAUCAGCCUUUCUGGCCGCGCUAGAAAGGAGAAAGCCAGACAUGGUGGUUUGAUGAGAAGAAUGGCUGGAGAGGGCAGAGAUGCUGGUGGAUUCAUCCGACGUCCCUCACUCUUUCCUUCGUUAUUUGGAGGGCCAGGAGUUUGUACUUCACCGGAGCCUACUAACUCUUGCCUAGACUUCUCAUGCAUCCCACCAGUCCAACUCAACUCUCGUCUUCAGACUGCACUGAUGCUUACUCGCCAUAUGGCAUCCCUAGAAAAGUUCGAACCUGGCCAGUCAGGGGGGCUCGGGCCUGAAACCGCCUCUCCGCCUAGUUUGAUGGCGGCAUUGGUUUAUGGCGUUCCGGACGACUAUCCGUCGCGCCGAAUGCAUCUCGUCCGACUAGUCGAGGCGGAAGCCAAUCGACAUUUGGCUGUAUUCACUGAAGCCGAGGAAAAAGCCCAGAUCCGGCAGUCCGGUUCAGCACCAAUGGUUGCUUCUGGGCAUUGGCUUCACUUGGAGGCAUAUUUCUUCCUUCUUAUUUGGCUCGGUCGGGCGACAUUAGUUGCUCAGUCGGCAAAGCUAUACGGCUAUUUUCCCUACUGGCUUCUUUGGGCUUUGCAGAUGGCUGUGAGCCCACCGAUGCCUAUCCAGGCGCUUGAUGACGAGAUCGACCUACUUGUUGAGAAGGUGGGUGCCAAAAUCUUCCGCGCAACCUGCUCCGUUUCUUGCCUCCUGCUUUUUUUGGAUGGCAUCACUUCUUGA